GGAAAAAGAAAAAAGAAAAACAAAACCUUGUUUUCUUCCAGCAGUGCUAACAACCUGCAAACGGGAUAUGCUAGAAUAAGACACCUUCAAGCAAACUCACCUGAAACACUGUUCACAGAAAACUGCAAAGCUUAAAAAUGCCACUUUUUGGCUGGAUGAAAUGGUCAAAAACUGAUUCCUACAAAUCCACAAGAUGUCCUGGAUCAGAAGUAGUUACAAAAACCCUGCUGAGGGAGUUGAAAUGGCACCUGAAAGAGCGUGAAAGAUUAGUGCAAGAGAUUGAAAAUGAACAAAAAGUCCAAAAAACUGGCAUGGAUUACAACUGGCUCAAGAACUACCAAAAUCCUCAAGCAACAAUUCCAGCUACUGAGCAACGACAGCUUGAAGUUCUCUGCUCUCAAAUCCAGCCUUGCCAAACAGGAACUGUUCUCAGCAGAUUUCGGGAAGUUUUGGCAGAAAAUGAUGUUUUACCGUGGGAAAUAGUCUACAUAUUCAAGCAAGUUUUAAAAGAUUUUCUUACCACCAUUGAGAGAGAAAACCAAGCAGAGCAGCUGGUAGAUGCAUGGAAUACAAAUUGCCCUGAACAUUUUAGUCCGCGUGGUGACAGCUCCAACAAGUCGGACAAAGAUGAAAUCCCCACGGUUUCAAGUUAUGUCGACAAAAAUACACAAAGCAUGUUUCCCACCUUCUCUCACAGAAUCUGGAAUCUACCCUAUUACUACCCAUCAAGUUAAGUUGGUUUUGUGUUACUUUCAAAAAUUUAUGUAGCCAUCCAUAUUCCUUUCUUGUAACUGCAGUCCAGACUCACAGGAGUAGAAAUGUGACAUGCUCCCCUUUUUAUUCCAAAUUUAGAAAUUAAAAUCCUUUGUAAUAGCUAGUAUGCAGUAACUUAGGUAUCAAUUGACCUUUUAUCUUUAUAGUUUCUUAGAGCUGUUGUGUUAGAAGCCACCUUUUCAUCAAAAAUGUAGAUGUUUCCGAAAAAAAAACUCAGAGGCAGUUUAAUUUUCAGCCAUACAGAGCUAGAAGUAUUUAAACAACAACAAAAAAAGAUUGCUUGUAUAUUUUGAAACAGCAUCAAUCCAGAGAGUGUUAGACAAAAAGUUCUGUUUGACACAUAGCUUUUAGACUCUAUAGGAACUUUAUGCUGUGUAAAAGAAAUGGUUUAAUAUAACAUCAGUUAAAUAAACUGGUAAAUACUU